CUUUUAGCGCCGUAAUGAUGUAAUUGCUCGUCGUGGUGCCGUGCGUAGGCUAGCUGCUCAGCGUCGUGCCCGUCUUGAAGCCUCCUUAGAAUACCAGACGAUGAAACGUGACGCCGAAGAGAUGAUUUCGUGGAUCCAUGAGAAGAAGAAGUUGGCCAACGAUGACUCGCAUAGAGACCUGACUUCUAUUGCUAACAAAUUGCUAAAGCAUGAAGCAUUCGAAGCAGAAGUUGGAGCAAAUGCUCCUCGGGUUGUGCAGAUCAACAGGCUUGGAACUGCACUUAUUGCCCAAAAGCAUUAUGAGUCACCUAAUGUUGAACGUCUUCUGAAACGACUCAAUACCGAAUGGGCAGAACUUCGUGAUGCAGUCAACCGUAAAGGCGAGAAACUGCGUCAAGCUUCUGAUCAGAAGGGUCUCAACCGCAUUCUUGAAGAUGCACAUGCGAAACUAGAUGAACUUGAAACAGUUUUGAAAUCUGAUGAGCUUGGAUCUGAUCUUAGAGCUGUGAAAGAUUUAAUCCAGAAGCAUUCCGUACUUGAGCAGGAAAUGGGAAUUUAUGAAAACAAGCUGACAGAUAUCUACAAUCGCGGACGGAAGAUGGCUGAACAGGGUCAUUUCGACGCGGAUAGGAUAAACUACACUGUAGCAGCUCUCUUGAAG